CGUCUUCCUCGUGAUUCCUUGAGUACCGGUAUCUAUCCACACUGUUUGCCAGUCGCUUUCCCUAGGCCAAAGCUUCGUCCAAGCUUUUGCUGAUCAAGUGGGUCAAUCAAAAUUUAAAAGGUGUCCCUUCCGACUUCCAUCCUGAUCUCCUCACGCCCAAAUCAAGCACCAUUGCGUCUCAAAGUUUGCUUGCCACGUGCGCCCGCCGCACCUCGUUCCUGCUCCGCACGUUUGCGCAAUCUGCUGUGAGCAUGGGUUCUGAAGUGGGCACGGGGACGAAAGUUUCCUUCAAGUUGAACUCUGGCCAUCAGAUUCCUGGCGUUGGUUUGGGGACCUGGCGAUCUGAGCCAGGCCAAGUGGGGGAGGCUGUCAAGACUGCAAUUAAGGCUGGAUACCGGCACAUUGACUGCGCGGCAAUUUACGGCAAUGAGGCUGAGAUAGGCGUAGCGCUCCAGUCCGCGUUCAAGGAGGGCCUUGUCAAGCGGGAGGAGCUUUUUGUCACGUCCAAGCUCUGGAACGACCAGCAUGCGGCGGAGGAUGUGCCACAAGCUCUCAAGCAAACGCUGUCGGACCUCAAGCUCGAGUAUCUGGACUUGUAUCUGAUCCACUGGCCGCUCCGCGUCCGCAAGGGCGACACGAGCGACUCGAAGCUGGUGGAUGAGACCAACUACGAGGAGACGUGGCGGGCCAUGGAGCGGGUUAAGGAGCAGGGUUUAGUGAAGUCGAUUGGGGUUAGCAACCUGUCAAUGAAGAAGCUGGGCGAGGUUCUGUCUUAUGCCAAGGUUCCGCCCGCUGUGAACCAGAUUGAGCUGCACCCGCUGUGGCGAAACGACAAGAUGCUGGCGUUCGCAAAGGAGAAGGGCGUGCAUCUUUCGGCGUACUCGCCUCUGGGCUCUGGCGACGAGAACAGGAAGGUGCUUGAGUACCCGGUGGUGAAGCAAAUAGCGGAGAAGCUGGGCAAGUCGCCCGCGCAGGUCGUUCUGCGGUGGGGCCUCCAGCGGGGCACGAGCGUGCUGCCAAAGAGCACCAACUUCGACCGGUUGCGGAGCAAUCUGGAGGUGACCGAGUGGUCGCUCUCGGAAGAGGACAUGAAGGCGCUCAGCUCGAUCGAAGACCAGGGGCGCAUCGUUGCUGGAACGGGUUUCGUUGGCAAAAAAACGGGUCCUUACAAAACGACGACAGAGCUUUGGGAUGGCGAGUUGUAGUUUAUGAAUGGGAAGCAGAAUCCUGAACACUGUCAUAGAGAAGAGAGAUGCUUAAGCUGUUGUAGUGAGUCGAAGCGCACAUGUUAUGCAGCCUCAAGGAGUAUCAUGUGUAUAGGACAAUAAGGCAACUAGUCAAGGACUUGAAGUUCGAUCGCAAAUAUAUGUAGGUAUGUAUGCUCGAGACGUUUUGGAUCUUGUUUCAAACGUCAGGUGAUGGUUAGAGACUUGCGCACCCCGUGCGCACCCCUUGCAAAUUUUGAUUCUUUGCCAGUUUCGGGAACUAUGGCCCCCCUAUGGCCUUGAAUAUGUGCUCAAGGUGACUGGUCAGGUUGCCUGCCUGUGUCAAUGGAACC